AUGCGACUUUCCUCUGCGAUUACCUUUGCAGUCCUUGUGGUUGGCCCUGCUGCAGCUAGCUGCCCUUAUGCUGAGCGUGCUACUGCUGCUCCCGUUGCUGCUGCCGGCGCAGGAUGCCUUUAUGCAAAGCGUGAUGCUGUCACCGUGCCAAAGGAGAGGCCAACAGUGUCGCGCCGCGGGCCAAUUGAGGGCAAGAAGGGCAUCUUCUAUAUGAACCGAAUUGGACCGUCGGGCUCGCAGCUUUGGAUCUCCAACGCGGACGGUACCAAUGCAACAAAGCUUAUGGGCAAUCAAACAGGGGCUUUCGACUACCACCCCUCAUGGUCUCAAAAUGGCGACUGGAUAGUCUUCACUAGCGAACGCCGUUCGCCCGGGCAGUCUGACUUAUAUCGAGUGCGCCCUGACGGCACUGGACUCGAGGUGCUCGAGGAUACAGACAGCGUCGAAGAUGCGGGCACACUCUCACCAGACGGUACUAAGGUCGCGUAUGUGUCGACAUACGGCAAUUACACGACCAACAUAUGGAUCAAGGACCUGAAGACCGGCAGGGCACACAACCUGACCGACACUGCUUCCACCCGUAGCAGUGACAUCUGGCCCUCUGGACACUUCCGUCCCGCAUGGUCCCCCAAUGGCCAAUGGGUCGCCUUCAGCUCUGACCGCAACACGGACUGGACUGGACAUAGCGAAGGUACCGGCUGGGAGCACACGCAAAGCUUGGGUAUCUAUGUGAUUCGCGCUGAUGGCCGCCACUUUCGCACCCUGCUCCACGAGCAAGGCUAUGCGUAUGGUACUCCUCAGUGGUCGCCAGAUGGAAGUCGCAUUAUCUACAACAACAUGACGACUGAGAAUACCUACUAUGCGCACUGCGUGGCCGAGCAACAGGAAUUGAUCUCUUCGCAAAUCUGGAGCGUUGACUUCGCGACAGGCAAGAACCGCGUCAAGCACACCUCCAGUGACACCUUCAAGGUUGGACAACACUAUAUCGGCAACUCCACCAAUAUUGGCUACCUGGUCAAGGCUGGAGACCUGGAAGGUAUCCACUACACCAAGCCUGAUUCGACUCACAGGGCCUUCAACCUGACUUACCUGCGUGACCCCUCGUGGUCACCGGAUGGAAAGAAGCUUGUGUACUGGAUCCCGAACUGGGAUCAGCAACCCGCCGAGCUGGAGCUGUUCAGCUACGACAAUGAAUGGCAGUACCGCUACGCUGAUGUCUUCCCUAUGCACAACACCGUCGUGAACCGCAUGGCGACAACACAGAAGGUGCUGGGAGGUGCCAAUGGCUCGGUUGUGCAUUCAACCCCAUUUUACAAGGACGUGGUCGACGCGCUUGACUCCUACGAUAUUUACUCAGCCGACAACACGACCGAAGUUUUGUGGCUCGAGGAGGGCCAAGCAGGUGGCUUCCAGCCCUCGUGGAACCCCGACGGCACUGAGCUGGUCGCCGGCUUCGGCGCCUGGUUCUUGACUCGUACCGAGUCCUCCGCUGCCAUUUACCGCAUGUUCGCCAACGGAACCGGCCACACCAACCUGACUGACUGGACUAACAAUGCCGGUUACCCCUCCUGGUCCCCCGAUGGUUCCGCCAUUGUCUACCGCAUUUUCAACAGGGAGAGCGGUGAUCCCAUGGGCCUGCACAUCCUCAACUUCACUACCGGCGAGACAACCCAGCUCACUCUUGGCUGGGAUAACACUCCCGGUUGGUCUCCUGAUGGCGAGCGCAUUGUGUUCACCCGUAACAACAACUGGACCGCAUCCUACGGCUCUCGCUGGUACGCGGACCGCUUCGAUAUCUACACUAUCCGCCCGGAUGGCACUGAGCUGACCCAGGUGACGGAUAGUCUAUCCAACGAUGCCCAUGCUGUCUGGUCCCAGGAUGGCCAUAUCAUGUGGAGCACCGGCAUGUACGGCUUCAAGGACGAGAGCCAACUCUUCGACAAGACCUUCCAGCCCUACGGUCAAAUCAUGAUCAUGGACUACGAUGGCUCCAACAAGAAGCUGCUCACAGAUACCAUUUGGGAGGACUCGAUGCCUUUGUAUCUGCCUAACGAGUAUCUCGAGUAG